GCAAAUUCAAGUAUCAAUUGCGAAUGGCCGGCGUCUGCCGGUCGAGGAUGCGGGAAGAUGGCGGCGGCCGAGUCGAGCGAGGCGAGGUGCGACGAUGUUCCGUGCGGCGAAAACGCGAGGAGGCUGGAUGAGCGAUACGCGACGACGCCGCGCCGGCAAUUCGAGCAAUACCAGUUCCGUGCCGCCGAUCUACUGUACUACGCGUUAUCGGUCAGUUUCUCUAUCGCGGACGUAGCAACAGACAGCGUUGUAUGUGUGGAAUACCUCUCGCAAGGCCACUUAGCAUGGGGAUGCCUUGCAAUGGUUUUCAUCGUCUUACCUGCUUGCGUUACUCAACUAUUUAGUUUGAGAUGGCACCGCAGCGACGGUUCCCUGAGGACUAUUCACUGGUUACUGCACCUCUCGUUCCUUGGCUUCUUGCACAGGUACUUGACUUUGAUUUACACCGCAAUGUACGCCUUGAGGAAUAAACCGAGCUUCAGGAAGGACAAGAGUUGGGUAUACCGACAAGAAAGCGACAUUUGCAUGUUGCAUUUAUUCGAAUCGUUCAUGGGAGCUGCACCGCAAUUAAUAUUGCAGUUGUAUAUCAUUGCAGUAUUGCAUCAUGCUCCGAUUUCGACGGGCGUUUCCGCUGUAGCGUCCUUCUGCUCUCUAACAUGGGCCGUGAGUACGUAUAUCAGAGCCAUGCAUAAUAUCAAUUGUGAGCGUAACAACGUGACGUGGGUCGCACUCGCUCUUCAAGCUCUUUGGCGUGGCGGUACGCUGCUAUCCAGAAUUGGCGUUUUGGUACUAGCAGCUAUUCUCUUGAGAGCAUGGUUUUUCUUAUUUCUAGGUGUACAUUGGUUGUUAAUGACCAUCUGGGUAAUCCUUCAGAAGACGGAGUUCUGUUCGACCAUGUGGGAAGAACGUAUCUACAAUUGCAUCAUCGGCCUGAUUUACUGUUUCGACUUCUUCAAUUUGCGCGAGGGCAGAUCGCGCUACCGUGUGUUCAUCUUUUACUCGUUCAUCACGAUGCAGAACUUGGCCUUCCUCGCUAUGUACAUAUUAUAUUUCAAAGACACCAUUACGAAUAAUACGACGAUCUCAAUAGCGAUCGUGAUUACUGGCGGUAUACUCAUCGGCCUGACCAGCAUGUUGCUGUAUUACGGCAAAUUUCAUCCGUCAAAGAUGCCUGCGAGUGUUUCUCGAGGUAUCGGCGAGCAUUCGAAUCACGCGACUGCCAAGACCGACAGCUCCAGGUCUUUCAAGCUGUUCCAUCGCGGCUCGCUCGGGUCGCUACAUCACUCCAUCGAUAUUUCGCCGAGGAUCGAAAAAGUGGCAACCGACAAGCAGUCCCUGCUCACGAAUAUCGCGCAGAUAUCCGAUUGCGCGGAGGAGGGUAUCGUCAAUCGCAACUACAAUACGGAAAGCGAGUCGAACGGUACUGUGCGCGUCUCGACCGAGUGCGAGAGGCCACACAGUCGCGUCGGCAAGCACAAAGAGGAAAUUGUCGCAUCGUCCAGCGACAAGCCGGACAACGCGCUGGCUGGCAGCACGACGCUAAGCCUCCUGUAUCCGAGUUUGUCCGACGUCGAUUCGUCCCGAAAACGUCGUGGCAUUUACGAGCACGACAUCACGCCGCAAUUGGACUGGCACGCGCCGGACAUAUUGAGCAUCGAUCUAGAUCAACUGGAGAAUCUGGACAAUGGCCCUGAGCGUAGCAACUCCCUCUCGCUAGACUCGUGCAGUAAAGUGAUCAGCGUGUUGGACGUGAUAAAAAACAGAGGCAAACUGACGACCCCGACUUCGUUCGAGAGCGGCAGAAUAUUCGACAUAGAGAAGCAACGGGACGAUGCGAUGAGCUGCGUAACGUCGAUCCACGACUACGAGAACGUGUGUCCACUGGGAGUCGCCCGACCGCCGUGGUGCAUCCGCAGCUGGAGAGGAUACACGGACAUCGAGACGUACAUUCACGACGACAGCGUGGUGCGCGAUCGACGGCGGGACACCCUGACGAGCACGACCGGCACGACGUACAGCUCGGAAUAUUCCGACGGCAUGAUUUCACGCGCGAUAUUAAAGCAGGACGAUUACGUGGAUACGUUAACGUACGAUCUGGUGGAAUCGAAGGACGCUAAACCGCCUUACGGCGACAGUGCGACGUUCUCCGGGUCCGCUGUGGACGAUCAGAACGCCAGCUUGUACGUGGCCAAGCCAGUGGUGAUCGACGACCGAGGCGGCAUGCUCGCGUUGGGCACGAUAUUGGAAGAGCGCGACGACUCGGCAUCGUCGGAGGAGAAGUUUCAGCACGUGGAACCGCUGCGCGAUUCCGCGAGCACUCUGGUCAGCACGAUUGAUCAGAUCAGGCGAUACACCGCGGAGAAUUCGCCACGACACGUUUAUCACACCACCGGUACCCAGUGGGAGGAUCUGGACCCGAAGAACUUAAUGGCACGGGCGCACUUUGCCAAAGUGCUGUUCGAUAACGAUUUCAAGAGUACGUCGCCGAUCGGCUCGGGCGACAUAACUGCGCGAGACGCGGAGAAACGCGAAAUAGACGCGAUCAGAGAGUUCGUGCGAUGCUGCGCGAUAGAGUCCAUUAAGAAGACGCCCUUGAUAGAUGCCAUUCUGUCGGACUCGCCUAUCCUGGGCAGCAGAGCGAGCAAACUUGUGCGGCAAGUCACAUUCGCGGAUCAUAAGGACGACCUCGACGCGCACGAGAGUGAUCUGUACGUCGAAAUGAGUCCCCUGGUAUCCGUUGAGAACGGCGACAAUCUCUGUGCCAGGCUCACCGAGGUAAAAGCAAUUGCCGAAACGGAAAUCACCGCGAAAAGAAACGCCUCCGCGAUAAUAAAAAGAUUGCCGGAUAAGGAGAACUUGGCGCCGAUUUCGUCGAGCAACAGCAGGCGGAUUAACAAUAUGAUGUACGAUAACAAUGAUAGUAGUGACAGACGUGCUUGGACCAUAGAGAGGGAUGAUAAAAGCGACAAGUCCUUGUGCAAUGUGCGUUUCAGUCUGAAAGAAAAAAGACACAUAUUUUUAGAACAGGUUCUCUCGCCGGUGCCAAAACUCUGGAACAAACCUGGGCAGUCUCCCACUGGCGGAGGACCCACUUCCGAUAAGGGUAAGGAGUGGCAAAUGGAGUUACUCAUGGAGAAAUUACGCUCCAAGGCUUCCUCACUUAAGCCCCUAGUUGAAACUGCUAAAAACAUUCGCAUGGCCAUGCUGGACAAGCGAUUCGCAAUUGACAGUAUAGAGAAGAAUCAGCUACAGAAAUGUUUGGAUACUCUGCAGCAUUCUAUCAAGGUUACCUCCUUCCAGUCAAUGGUGGAACGCCUUGAAAGUCUAGCAAGACAGUUAGGGUUAAAGUUCAUGAUGUCUGGUCCUCCAGGCACAGAAAUAUUCAUAUCCUCUGAUAUGUUCUUCUUGGAAGUUCUGUUGGAAUCGUCGGGGCUUGUUAGGGAUGUUAAAAUUCAUCACGAAGGAAAGAGUGAACAGCAAAGCUGUGAGGCACUCGCUUCAGCCUUAUCGCGUGGCGACUUUGUCGAUUUUACUACGCAGCUAGAAGGAUUGGCGUCAAUUUAUCAGUUAAAUGCCGAUAAGAAAGUAAAGUGCAAAGCAUUUAGUGCUCUGCAAUCUCUUGAAACUGACUUGGGUGUUCUGGCGCAGCUACAAACAUUUAUGAAAGAACCAUUCAAUUUAGUUCACAAGAGUCCUGUCGGUAUUUUGGAGAGGAGAAGAGGCGGCCAUUCGAUGAAAUUGACAUACUUCGUGUCACCGUACGAUUUAAUCGAUGAGGAAAAUCGUACUUACGACACCCUGAACCCAGAUAUCAUCAUUAAGCGGAAAAUCGGCCAUUCUGUGACCGUUUGCAUGGAAGGUUCGACGGGUCACAAGCUGCCCACGUCUAGCAUUAUAACUGUAAACAGAAGUCCCACAGGAAAAAGCACACCGUCAUACGCUCCGCUGACGAGUACAAAUUCCUCGAUGCUGCCUGCAUGCUUCGUGUUGAAGCUCGGCAAGAAGAUGCCGAUUUGCAUGGAAUUAGUGAAAAGGAUACAGAAAGUUACGGAAUUAGAAUGCGGCGAUAUCUCCGCGCCGCAUCCGAUGCUAAGCCUCAUAAUACAACACGCAAGCGACGGUCAGUUGGACUGUCACAAUAAUCGGGGUUUGUAUGUGACCUUGCCGGACCAGCAACAUUGCUACUUCAUGACGGAGAAUAAGAACAUGGAAGGUGUGUUGGUGUGCAGCAUACCAUUCACACAUCCAGGACACGUGCCACAGAUUCUGGUGUAUCUGAGGCAACAGGCUCUAUUCAACUGCCUGAUCGCAAGCUGCGUAAGGCCCAUGGCGCGCCAGGAUCCGGAUACGACGAUACUCGAGGUAAGCGCGCUCUCGUGGCAGCACAUCAGCGUGAGUGUGGAGCACCCAUACGAGGAGACGAUGGCUACCGCGGAACUGGAUCUCACGGACAUCUCGGCGCUCAAAUGCCGACUAUACGGCGUCGGCAUGACGACUACCGCGGAACAGACGUCGGAAUUGAGCGGCCGAAUUCUGCAACGUUGUCUCAGUAUACCGCUGACCAUGCGAAUCUUACUAAAAAUCUGGGAAGGUAACUCCCUGCCCGUUGUAAUGAACAGUCUGACCAGUGGUGCUGGCGGCAAUGGCAACUACAAUCUCAAUCUGGGUGCCAGCGGUAAGGAUCAGACCGGACAAAACGGUACCGCGUCCAGUAUGCCAGAUUUUACGAAUGGUGAGCCGAAGAUCAAACAGGAACCCGGUUUGAACAACGGCAACAAUGGAACCAUGGGCAGUAGACAAGCCCAACAACAGCAGUCGUCAUCGUCGUCACAUCAGUUGCUACAACAACAACAGCAGCAGCAGUCUUUUUUAGAUGCCGGAACGGAAAGUAGUAUCGGUUUUCCGUCGUAUUCCGGCCAAUCCGAUACGACGACGACGGUGGGUGCAGUGACGAGCAACACCUCUGCCUCCAUGCUGAACCCGUUGCAACUGAGUGCGCUAUUAGGUCAAGGAAAGAACCCGCUAGCGGGAAACUCAAGCUCGAACGAGCGUGGCAAGAAGAUGCGCAAGAGGAAGAGUGGCACGGACGGUCUCUGGCGUAGCCCGAAGCGAAAGUGCGAUAGCACCGAUAACAGUGGCGCGACGGAAAUUCUGCUGGAGAGUUCCAGCUCGGACAGCUCGACGCCGUUAGGAACACCGACGGGCGGUAGGGAGAACUUUACGUCGGAGACCAGAACCUCCACGCCAACGUCGGCCACCAGCCUGGCAAGCGGUAUCGAUUUUUCAAAUUUAGAUACUACUGAUAUACUCGGUACAGACAAGAGUGCUUCGGAUUAUGAUCUCGAUAACUCCGAGAGGGAUAGCGAGAUCAUGGAGGUGCAGCAUAGCAGCACGGAGCAACAGCAGGAUGUGGAGGAGUUGAUGAAGGCACGCGAAGGCACCUCUUUGACACGCAAGCCCAAGAAGAGUCGGAGCAGUAGUGGCGGCGACGAAAAGAAGUCGAGCCCGAUGAACAUAUUCGUCGAGGAGACUUCGACUAGUAGUAGCAACAAGGCCCUGCCGGUGCCACCGUCAGUAAGUAUUACCCCGAUCUCAUGUGGUAAUCUGGAUCAAACGAGCGCCAGCAACUAUAAUUCCGUACUGACGGGCAUGGGUUUGGAAAGGAGGCCUGGCAUCGAGAUCAUACCCAUCGCCUCGUCGCCGUCGCAGACUAAUUUGCCCAGCUCGAUCACCAUUACGCCGAUCGCCGGACCGUCACCCUCGCCGAAGACGAGCAGCUUGAACGCUGCAGAAGAGCGUCAACGAAGCGAACGUAAGAGUGGCAGUAAGAGCAGCGGGAGCAAAAGCGGCUCCGAGGAUAACAAAAGUAGCGGUAACAAGCUGGAAAAGCGCCGUAAGCGCAAACGCGAGGAUAGCCCGAUGGGUCCACCACCAGACAAGAUCGCGCCUAGUGGUAAACAGCAGCAGCAACAGGACCCGCUCUCGAAGCCGGUGUCGGUGAGCAUCAAACCGAGCGCCGCCGAGCAAUCAUCACCGAGCGGUGCUGGCGGCGGUCUGAGCUGUUCAUCGCGACCCGCCUCGCCCGCGGCUGUAAGGAAGUUCAGUCCGUCGCCAACGCACCCUAGCUCGCUUGCCACGCUCGUAGGCAAGUCCAGUCCUACCUUGAAGGCCGGUCAAUCGGCGGUUGCCUGCGGCGGUAAACCGGUACAGAGCCCUAAACACUCGCCCGUCUACGGCAGCAGUCCGAAGCACAAUGUAUCAAACGUUCCCAUUCCCAUAUCGGUCCCGAUGUCGUUGUCCGUGACCACGGUGCCCAAUACGGUGGGUAACGUGCCAUCCGUGGCGGUGUCCGUGCCGGUACCGGUGCCGGCGAGUGCGAGUCCGAAGCACGGCAGCACAUCAUCCCCGAAGCACGGCAGCUCAGCCGCCAGCAGCGGCAAGCCGAGCAUGUCUGCUCUGAAAUCGGCGGCGAAUUCACCGUCUAGCAAAAGCGGCAGCACCUCCGAUGCGACGGCGACUCCGUCCAAAGUCAAGUCUUCUUCGUCCUCAUCCUCGAGCAAAGAUUCCUCCGGGCGUGGCGAUAAGGAAAGAAGAGUGUCAUCUGUCGUGUCAUCUGGUAAUUCAGCCAGCGGCCAUCAAAGCCCCAAGACUAAAUCAUCCUCUACUGGUAAACUUAAACAAUUGGAGAUAGUUUCUCCCGCUGGCGGUGUCGAAACAGCACAAGUCCCCUCCUUGCAAUCAUCUAGCAACAGUGGCGGCAGUACCCCGCCUUCUGGCCAGAUCGACGCAGCAAGCAAGUCCGCGAUUGCGGCGCAACAAGCACAAGCGCGGAAUCGGAAAAGCUCUCUUAAUGCUGUUAUCGACAAAUUGAAGAACGCCCAACAUUGCACCGACUCUGAUACAUGCGGUAACGGUAGUAACAACGCGAAGAGCGGCAGCUCCUCGACUGUUGGUAGUACCAGCGGAUUGAAUAACAGUGGAAGCGGCAGCCAAAAGGAGAAGAACAUUGGUAGCGGUAACUCAUCGUCAUCAUCGAGCGGCGGUAAAAACAUCAACAUUGAAAGUGGAAAAUCCUCUUGCAUCGCCAAGAAUUCAUCUGUGGACACGAAGAAUCCGGCAUCUGAAUACAUGGUGAAGCACAGUUCGGACGGUAUCAAGAUCACCAUCAACAAAACGCGCACCAAGGAUUCUAAACAAUCGGCUGCUAAUCUGAAACUGUCAUCUUCAGCCUCGUCGUCAUCAGCAACGAUGGUGGCCGCAACUUCGUCCUCCUCGGGCUCUUCCUCUUCCGUAGUCUCUGGCUCGUCGUCGUCGUCGUCGUCGUCCGGAGCUGUGGUUGCUGGUAGCAACGGUUCACCGAAGACGCAUACAGGCCUCAAGCCCGGUGUAACGUCCGGACCGGCAUCCAAGAAACCGCAGACCCUGCAGACUGCCCAAAAAUUGCUGCCCGGCAAGAUGACGCUGGCUGCUGGCGGAAUCAAAUCGGCCAUCUCUUCUUCGGGGACAGCGAAUCCCGGCAGCGGCGCGAGCGCUACAACCACGGCCGCGGCUAGCGUUGGCGGCGGAAAUCCACUGUCGAAAAGUGGUUCGUCCUGCAAGUCUUCUGGCUCACCGAAGACGAGCGGUUCCGGUGCAACUGACCUCAGUCGCAGUCGCGACAAACCGCGUAUUACGAAAUCUGGUGACAAGAGCGUGUUCGCAUCGAAAGGUCUCGUCGAUGCGCGAAAAUCGAGUCCGUCCGGUUUACGGGAGGAGAGUGACAGCGAGCGGGCAUUUAAGUUAUUGGCCGCGCACGCGUCCAUCUCGAGUUUGACCCCGAGUCUGCCACCCCAACUGGUGAUGGAAGGUUUGAUGAAACAAUUGGAUACGAAUUUCCAGAUACCAAAACUAUCAGCGCGCGCAAACGUCGCAGAUGCAGUUGAUAAAAGUAAAUCGUCGGAAAAGCUACCGAUGCUGUCUGAUUCCGCCAAGCAGACCCUCGACGGUUUAAAGCAAGAACCGGGCAAAAUCGGUGGAGUAUCCGCGGGAUCCGCAUCUAAAUCGUUAUUAGAUGACCAAUCGAGACGAGAACACGCGCAGACUAAGCCGGACAACUUGUCGAUUGCCGGUUCCACCGGAGCGAUGUCUUUGAAUCUCUCUGGCGAAAAUGCUGGUGGCUUGAUGUUGCCUCCAUCGGUUGUCGACUCGGACGUACCUACGAACUUGUGCAUACAACCGAUGAUGGACAACGAGUCGCCCCGUGAUUCUUGCAAAGAUCUUGGAAUAAGGCAGACGACUAGCCAACAGUUCCUCAGCAAGAUCGACGACGCGGGCGGUGGGAUUUUAUCCAAAGGUAACGUUCCUGAUCAACUCACGUCGUCCACCAAGACCUACGCGCCAAUGCCGAGUUCUGGUGCUACCACGACAUCAUCAAGCAGCUCCAUCGUCGCCGAAAGCUUAAAUCUGAGUACCAAGCCGGCAGACCAGGCUGCCUUGCAGGCCAAGUAUAAGGUUGUCGCUGACGAGAAGAAACAACAAGCAUGCAUCGUGCCGUCGUCGACAUCUUCAUCAUCGACGUUAUUCUCGUCUUUGGGCAACGUUCCGACUGCGUCCGACGGUAAUCCCGGCGUUGCGACACCAGACAUCGGUGGCACUGGCGGCGAGCAGGAAGUAGCAGCGGCGGCGGCGGCAGCGGAGAUGCUACUGGAUUUCUCAGUAGCGAGCAAGGACCCGAUGCCGAAGAGCCACGGUCUGCCUCUCGCGCAGCACCAUCUCACAGCAAUCCCGGAGCGUGUGAUGACGCAAGCUGCGUUAGUAGUUCGUCGUAAUACACCGCCACCGCCACCACCGCCGCCCCCGCCGCCUCCGGCGCCUUUUCCGCCUGCCGCCAGUCCGUCCGUCAGCGUACAUAUCGUCAAGAGCCCGGCGCCCAGCCCGCGAGUCAUUCCACCCUCUCCGCAUUCUUCCGCAUCACCCUGCAUCACUGACGACGAACUGAUGGACGAGGCGUUGGUUGGCCUAGGUAAAUGAAGGUUACUCAAAUUGUAAGGAGGAAAAAAAGAGAAUACUCUCUCUUAUAUAAUUAGAUAUAAGUGUGCAGAAGUUUUGAAACAUGUUACAUAGUCUUGCGUUAAAUGCUUUUGUUUCCCGAGAAUUUCUUAAAAUAGUGUUCUACCUAAAAUACUGGCGGGUCGUUGUCCUCGAUAAAUCGUCCCGCGUGCGUUCACGUGUGUGACUGACCAGUCAUUGACACAAUUUCAAAUUGAUCUGCUAAAAGGAUAAUGGUCUCUCAAUGACAAUGAUGUUUAUUAAGACAUUCGCAUUGAACUGCUAGAAAUUUGUUAAUUUGCAAAACUGUUAAUUUUUAGAAUCGUUUUAAGAAAACUAAAAUAUAUUUUAAAAUACGCAAUUUUAAAUCGAAAUUCACUAUUUCCGAGACGGUUGGAUUGACAGAUCAUUCUCCUGACAGAUAGAGACCAUAUGCGAUUGUACGCAUUAAUUAAGCGACUGUAUUUGGACGUGAAGUCCUAACUUGGAGAAGUAUAUUUUCACUUUUACAUGCAGAAAAUUAUUAUUGAAUAGUAUGUAAUUUGUAUCUUGAUUUGAUAUUACUCAACUGAGGAUAUAAUCGUACUAGGAGCAAGAUGUAUACAUUACAGCAAUUAAUUAAUACUUUGUUAAAAUAUUUUCUAUCUGGUUUGUGAACGAUGUAAAAAUUUAUGUUUAAAAAAACAUAAUACUUUUCGUAUAUCUCUUUACUGAAAUUGUCAAGUCAGAUAUAUUCUUUAUCUGUUGGCAAGUGCUAAUAUCUUCCGGAAAAUUCUCUCUGAAUAUUUUCUGCUUUAAGGCGAAGUGAAUGCGAUGACGUAAAUAUAAGGCAUAAUACGUGCGUGUCUGCGUGUGUAUAUUGAAUGAAUUUAUCGAUCAACUGGAUUGAUUUGAUAGUCAUACAAAUCUGUUAAAUCUUUUCUUCUUCCGCUCGCAACGGUAUUCUUCUUUCGUGUUCCAUGUUGAAAGGAUAUUGUGCGUUUCUGGGAUACUCGAACAAAGUAUUAAUUAUAAUAAAAUAUUAAUUUCUAAAAUAAUAAUUUCUUGGCUUCGUAAUAAUCCAAUAACUUGUUCAACAACAAGUUAUUUACAAAUUCUCCAACACUGCCAAGAUCGAUCGCUUUUAAUCCCGCAAUCAAGAUAUAGAAAAAGAGAGAAAGUGACAAAAUAAGAUAGAGAUAUUUAUUGCGCGUAUUUUCCUUUUCUUCCUUGUGUAAGUCUUAUACGAAAUGUUAAAUUUUACCUCUCGACGAUCUCAUUGAUCUCAGAAGAAGAGACAGAGAGACGUCCCUUGUAUAUUCUAGGAAUAAAAUUCAUUCUUCCAGACAAUCGCGCACGCUCGCACCAACGAGAUAUCCCGACGAAUGAUUUCCGGUCGUUUUCAGCGAAAUGAUUCACUAGACAAAUUGUUUAUUUUAUCCGAAAUCAACGGCGGCGUUUUUCCAAGAAUUGCGCCUGAUAAUUGUUAAUGGACCUUGAAUGAGAGCUAUUGACGAACGCUACUGGAUAUCCCAUUUUAUUCUUACUGAUGAUAUAUCGCAUAAACGUCUGAAAAACUUCUCUUUCUAACGUUAAGCGUCCCCUACGCACCCUCUGGAUGUCGCUGGUCAUUAACCGUGUACAUGAUUUCUGUGCGAACGAGCGCAAACCUAGGUACAAAUGUUUAUAAAUGAGAUGUACAAUCGCCCUCUCUAUUUUUCGAUCCGAUUGGAAAAAGAACCGGAGAAAGAGAGAAUUGCGAAUGUCGCAUGUCGAGGCGAGACUGUGGACAGAACGUCACACGAUCCUCAAUGGAGAAAUUAUUUUCGCGGAUGAAGAUGAAUCGUCAUCAUCGGCAUCGUCGCAAUCAAACACCACGUGCAAAUCGUGCGUAAAAUAAGGCGGUGAAGGAAGACUGUAACUGAAUUAUAUAUAAUUUUAUGUAAUUUUCCUCGUCUCCGCUAAUUUUCGCACUUUGCGCGAGGUAGAAGAAUGGGAAUGCAUACAACGUGUAAAUAUAUGUAGCAAUGUACAUAUAUAUAUAUAUAUAAUACCUAUAUAGUAAGGAGAAUUGUAAAUUAUAAAAAAGAUUGCACAUGUGCAUCGAUGUAAAUGUACAUGUAUACAACGUAAAUUAAUUUAUAUAGACCGGAAGACACGCGUAUACGUCUUCCGAUUCUCAUUGCCGCGCGGAGGUUGAAGGAGCGUAUAUGGAAAGCUUCUGUAAUAAAGAUUAUCCCUUUUUUUUA